AUGCCAGUUACUACCUCGCAAAAGGGGGACUACGUCGCGCGACAGGUCGGUGCCGACUGCAUCGAUUUGAGCGUAGGCCAGCCAAGCCCGACCCUCCUGCCUUUACAAACGCUAGCAACAGCGGCCUCGCAUCGGCUGGGUUCUCCGGACGCGGAGCUCCUAUUACAGUACGGCCCACGGCAGGGCUACCGAUCCUUCCGACAGAGCCUUUCCUCCUUCUUGUCCGAACGGUACGGAGUUGCCGUACAUCCCGAGCAUUUGAUGGUUACAGCAGGGGUAUCUCAUGGUCUGGCUUUGGCCGUUGGUCGUUUGUCCCGGCCGGGUGACGUCAUCGUGGUGGAGCAGCCGACGUAUUUUCUGGUGACACCCAUCUUUCACGAUAACCACCUGACGGUUGUACCCGUACCAACUGACGAGUACGGCAUGGUGGUGGAGGAGCUGGAGAGCUGGCUGCGAAAAGACCCCGCAAACCGUCCCCGGCUCGUGUACACCAUCCCAGUCCACAACAACCCCCGGGGAACCUGCAUGGCACCGCACCGCCGCCGCCACCUCAUGAGGCUGGCGGCGGAGUACGACUUCUAUGUCUUAGCGGACGAAGUCUACCAGGCAGCGGAUGCAGCAGCUGCCGUACCCGGUCCUCUUCGUUGUUAUGAGUCAUGUGACCCACGGGUCAGUCGGGUGGUGUCAAUGGGCUCCUUCUCCAAGAUACUGGCACCCGCACUGAGGCUGGGUUGGUUGGAGAGCAGCAACCCGGCGGUGAUGGAGCGACUGCGGGGUGACGGAGUGAUCAGCAGCGGGGGCUGCAUCGCACAGCUCUCAACCGGUCUGGCACACAGCGCACUGGACCUCCGCUUGCAGCGCUGGAUCCCAGGUUCCCUGGUUGAGCCGUUGGGUGGUUACUUCCUUUGGCUGGAGCUCCAGGAGGGGAUCGAUUCCCGUCAGGUGCUGUCGGUGGCGGAACGAGGUCACGGUGUUCGCUUCACCCCGGGCCCCGUCUGCGGAGGGGGAGCCGCCAACUGCCUCCGACUGGCCUUCUCGUUCUACAACGAGCAGACACAAAGACACGUGUGCAUGCUUCAGGAGCUGGAGGAGGGAGCUCGCAGGCUUGGUGCGGCUAUUCGCGAGUACAUGGAGCUGCAACAGGAUGAGCAACAGAAGGAGCAGGAACAGCAACAGCGACAGCAGUUUAGAAGCGGUGUGUAG